AUGGAGAACAAGAAUACCAUUUGGAGCCGCCGCCCCAACACUAGUAAUUUGUCUCUAUCAACGAACCAAGAGGGCUCUACCACCCAAGCAAGAGACUUCUCGUCUCUGUCCCGCCGCAAUGGCGCCACAUCGUCCCAUGGCCGCGCGAACCCCUUCGCCGCAACGACACCGAGCGGUGGUUUAGCAUCACCCAUUGGCACCGGAGGCUCCAAUGCUUUUGCCCUGGGCUCUGGAGGCGCCUUUGCAUCCUUUGGAUCGGCCAAGACCCCAAAGGCCACUGGCAACCCCUUCGAUAUGGCCAUGGGAACUAUUGGCAGCAGCGGCACCAAGACGCCCUCGGCAGAGAAGUCUGCAAAGGAAGCCUCCAGGUCCGCCGGUGAUGACUCGAUCGCAUCAGACGCCCCGGCACUCCUCCAGCAAGGCGGAAUUCACCUCCUGCCCGACAGCUGGGUCUUCUGGACUCGUCCCCCGAUUGGCAAGGCACAUGGCUACAUUGCCUACGAGAAGACACUGCACCCCAUGGCAAAGUGCUCGUCUGUCGAAGAGUUUUUUGCCAUUUACAAGUGUCUCAAGCCUCCCUCCAAAGUCCCGUUGAUGACCGACUACCACCUCUUCAGGAAUGGCAUUCGGCCAAUAUGGGAGGACAAGGAGAAUAAGGAAGGCGGAAAGUGGGUGCUGCGUCUGAAGAAGGGUGUGGCUGACCGAUACUGGGACGACAUUCUCUUUGCCUGCAUUGGCGGGCAGCUUUGCGACGAUGGCUCUCAGAUCAACGGCGUUGUGCUUAGUGUGCGCAAUGGCGAAGACGUUAUUUCUAUCUGGACCGCCUCGACUGGAGGAAAGGUUCUCAAGAUUAGAGAGUCGAUGAAGUCCAUUCUCAAGUGCCCGCCAAACACACGCUUCGACUUCAAGAGUCACGAUGAAAGUUUGACUCAGCGAGCCACCAUUGACGAGCAGCGACGCGAACGUGCGGCGAACAACCAUCACGGCGAUAAACGCCACAACAACAACAAUAAUAACGACAACCACAACAACAACCGGCAGUCACACGAAGAGCAGAGAGCAUAG